AUGAUUGUGAUUCACUUCAUUCGUUGUGCAGGAUUUUUGAGUCCUAUGAUGGCAGGUGAUUCUUUUGUGAUUUCCAAUGGCAAUGGCAACGGCAAGUCAGAGCCUCCUCCACGGAGGACAUACCAAGCAGUAGUGAUUGCAACCAGAGAUAUGGGCAUUUCUAAGAAUGGAAAAUUGCCCUGGAAAUUACCCACUGAUCUCAAAUUUUUUGAUGAAAUCACUAGUAUAACGUCUGAUCCGGGGAAGAAGAAUGCCGUUGUGAUGGGUAGAAAAACAUGGGAGAGUAUCCCUCCUGAGAAUAGGCCUUUUCCUGGUCGCCUUAAUGUUGUUCUGACUCGCUCGGGUAGCUUUGAUAUUGCGACAGCAGAGAAUGUUGUCAUAUGUGGAAGUGUGUCUUCUGCUAUGGAAUUGUUGGCUGCUUCUCCAUACUGUCUGUCAAUUGAGAAAGUAUUUCUUAUUGGAGGUGGUGAGACAUUCAGAGAGGCUCUUAAUGCACCUGGAUGUGAAGCUGCCCAUAUUACAGAAAUCGAGGCUAGCAUUGAAUGUGACACUUUUAUGCCUCGAGUUGAUACCUCUCUUUUUCAGCCAUGGUAUUCAUCAUUCCCUUUGGUGGAAAACAACCUCCGCUAUUCUUUCACCACUUAUGUGCGUGUAAGGAGUAGUCCAUCAGAGUCCCUGGAUCAGAAUGCUGAUCCACUUUUUGAUAAUGAUUCAGACUCUUCAAAAUUUGAGGUCGAUAAAUUUUCUUUUCUUCCAAAAAUGAUUUAUGAGAGACAUGAGGAGUUUAAGUAUCUAAGGUUGGUUCAAGAAAUUAUUUCUGAAGGCACAAUGAAGGAAGAUAGGACAGGGACUGGUACCUUGUCGAAAUUUGGUUGCCAGAUGAGGUUUAAUCUGCGCAGAAACUUUCCGAUUCUAACAACCAAGAAAGUAUUUUGGCGAGGGGUUGUUGAAGAGCUUCUUUGGUUUAUCAGCGGCUCAACAAGUGCCAAGGUGCUGCAGGAAAAAGGCAUUCAUAUAUGGGAUGGCAAUGCAUCCAGAGAAUACCUUGAUAGUAUUGGUUUGAGAGAAAGGGAGGAGGGUGACUUAGGACCUGUUUAUGGGUUUCAGUGGAGGCACUUCGGAGCCAAGUAUACUGACAUGCAUGCUGACUACUCUGGCCAAGGAUUUGAUCAGCUUUUAGAUGUUAUUAACAAGAUAAAGCAUAAUCCUGAUGAUCGUCGGAUCAUUCUUUCAGCUUGGAAUCCAUCUGAUCUUAAAUUGAUGGCACUUCCCCCCUGCCACAUGUUUGCGCAGUUCUAUGUAGCAAAUGGGGAGUUAUCGUGUCAAAUGUAUCAGCGAUCUGCAGACAUGGGCCUGGGAGUGCCAUUUAAUAUUGCAUCUUAUGCUCUCCUGACGUGCAUGAUUGCUCAUGUUUGUGACCUUGUUCCUGGCGAUUUUAUCCAUGUUAUUGGGGAUGCGCAUGUUUACCGUAAUCAUGUGAGACCUUUGCAGGAACAGCUUCAGAAUCAACCAAAACCUUUUCCGAUUUUGAAGAUAAACCCAAAGAAGAAAGAUAUAGAUUCUUUUGUUGCUACUGAUUUCAAGCUAGUAGGAUAUGAUCCUCACCAGAAGAUAGCAAUGAAGAUGGCUGUUUAG